UCGAAGAGACCAGCCACAGUCACGGGAUGCGAAAGGUUAUCAGUCCGGUGCGGGAAAUUCCCCGAGUGUCUGCGGUGCUGAUGCUGCUGCUGAUCGUACUCGAAACAAGUCACGGCGCCAACAGGCAAUUCUGCGGACAGCGCAAGCUUGGUGCAAUGGGGUUAAUAAUAAAAGGAACCACCACGUUCGUCGGGGAGUACCCGUGGCAUAUCGGCCUCUUCCGGAAGGGAUUCGCCCGCACGGCGGACUACAUUUGCGGUGGCUCCAUCAUCAGCCCCAACUUCGUGCUGACAGCUGCUCACUGCAUCGAAGUUCCACGCCCGAGCCAGUAUCUGUUCCGAGUGGGACUCCACAAUCUGCAGAACGCCACCGAUCCGGACACUGUCAGCUAUAACGUGGCCGAGCUCAUCGUCCAUCCGGAGUACGAUAGGGAAAAGUUUAGCAGUGACAUUGCCCUGCUCCGGUCCGACGGGGACAUAUCGUUCGCGGACGUGUCGAAGGUGCAACCGAUCUGUCUGUGGGCCAAGGACGAAACCGGUCAGCUCGGGGAGCUACUCGACAAGGCGGGAUACGCCGCUGGCUGGGGUUUCAAUGAGAACUACACCGUAAGCAACGUGCUCCAGUCGGCCAAACUCCGGGUCGUGGACAGGAACACCUGCCGAAGUGGGUUGCCGGAGCACAACCGCUUCUUGCUGGACCACUCCGGCAAGCUCUGUGCCCGUGGCUGGGAAGACGGGGUGAACGUGUGCUCGGGUGACAGUGGCGGUGGGCUGUACUUUGUGCGCGAUGGCGUCUGGUAUCUGCGAGGUAUUGUGAGUGCCGCACCACGCCAGGAGCUCGGAACCGGGGAGACACGCUGCAAUCCGACGGGAUACGCCACGUACACUGAUGUGGCGCAGUACCGGGGUUGGAUCGAUGCCCAUCAGGCGAUCGUGAACCAGCGCAACCUGCUGAACCUCGAGCACUGCGGGGACGACCGGUUCGACCAGGUGCAGGACGAGCGCGAGAAACCCCUCUUCCAGCAGUACCCGUGGAAUGCGCUGUUGGAGUUCUUCCAGAAAGACCGGCCGACACCACAUCUGGUGUGUAGUGGAGUCCUGAUCCACCGGCGCUUCGUGCUAACGGUCGGUCACUGCGUUGAAGGCAUCCUGCGCGGUUACGAACUACGAACGGUACGGCUGGGAGAGUUCAACACGCGCACCGCACCCGACAGGGAUCCAAACUCGCCCGAUACUUCAGCCACCAGCCAGUCGAUCGGGAUCGAGCGGAUCAUCAUCAACCCGCGGAUGAAUCAACCCAGUUACGGCAACAACCUGGCACUGCUCCGACUGCGGCACGAUGCCGACACCCAGAAGCCCAACAUUGCGCCGAUCUGUCUGCCCAGCCUGGUCGAUUACACGCAAACCAACCUCACGCUGACGGGCUGGAUGCGCGACAAGUUCGUCUUCCCGGAGAUGGCGCGCGACUCGAUGAAUCUUUCGUCGACCGCCGAGUGUAGAGCGAGGUACGCGAAAGUCGGUGUCCAGCUGUCCAGAACGCAGGACACGAUGUUCGGGGAGUUCAACGCGAAGAGCGGGUUCCGGUGCAGGAGCUACGCCGCCGGGUCGGCCCUGCAGUACAUCAAGUUCGCCGACCGGAAGGCGCGCUACUUCCUCGCCGGUCUGCUGACGUUCAACUUUCCCAGCUGUCACCAGGAUGGGUGCGAAAUGUUCGCCAGCAUCACGAAUGCCGGCUCGUGGAUUCAGGACGAGGUUAAUAAGCUCCCGGUGCUUUGAGGAAGGUAGUUUCAAUAUAUCGGAUCGGUGAGGCUUUCAACGUCGGCUGCAAACUGAACUCUUUACUAUUUCGCCACUCGUUCUGACAUUGACUUAAAAGUAGGGUUCCAAUCGACGAAAUGUGUCUGCUGCCUGACUUACUAGAGUUACUUUCAAGGGUUUGUGGAAACAUCAAAUUAGUGACCAAAAUAUAAUGCUGAUUCCGAUUCCGAUGGCAUGCUAUUUCAGGUCUUACCCAUUUGAAAUUAGAUUGUUUACACAGACACAGGCUCUAGCUGUCGAUUUGGUCCUACUAAUUAUGCUUUUGGCAACAUUGUCUUGUUUUAAAAACAGGUAAAAGAUUUCAGAUUGAAAUAAAAGUUAA